AUGUCCAAUUCAGGCGUAAACUCCAGUGCGGAGCAAGACCCGGCCGCCCAUAUGCUGUCUUCUGCGAUGGACGUCGUCAGCAAUACGCGAAUCAACAUCGAACUGCUAAAGGAACACAACAAACACCUGUUGGAAUUCGCCCAAACGUCAGACAACCGAUUUGACGCCGUGCCCUCAGCGAUCACCAACAUAAUCGACGUAAAUGCCGUGACAGACUGGAACGAGGUGUCUCAAAAGUGGCUGAAGAUGAAUGAAGACCUUGCCAUAACCAAGGAAAACAUCGAGAAAAUGUUGUUUACCAUCAACUGUACAGAUCAGCUACUACAACGGUGGCUUCAAAUCUUUGAACGGACAAUUCAAAAAUAA